AUGUUGAAGCUCAAUACUCAUGUAAAAGGAAUUGUCCGCCAUGUUGCCAAGACGCCUCUUCCGUCGACUCUUCUACUAUCAAGACGACUAUCAGACAAACUCGUCGAGAAACGGCCUACUGAUGAAAAAGCUGAGAAUUCAACAGAGGAUAUCAAUGUGCCUUGGUACUUGAGGGAAGAUGUGGCUUCGCCGUUGCUGGAGACACAGAAAGUUGAGCUCCCUGAAAUUCCAACGAAUGCUCCUCAAGAAGUUUCCACGUUCUGUGAUCUUUUGGCCAAUAAGUAUGGUAUGACGGACAUUCAUCUCUUUGACAUGACCACACUUGAUGACAGCCACGAAUUCAGGGCGACAAACAAAAGCGUUGACUACAUUUUGAUCUGCUCAGGUAAAUCUGAGAAGCAUAACUUUAAGGCUGCGACUGAAUUUCGCCACUACCUUAAGCACACAUAUGAUUACUUCCCUCUAAUGGAAGGAAUGGUCAGUGGAGCCAUGUCACCUAUAAUGCGGAGGAGGCUCCUCAGAAGGGCAUCCAGAGGGCCCCCUGCAACAGCAAACGACUAUGGCAAAUCUGCAAACUCGUGGAUAAUGUGCCAUCAUGAAAAUAUUGACAUCCAUAUGAUGACGAAAGAGAGAAGAGAAGAAUUGAACCUCGAGUCCCUUUGGUGCAAGCCUGAAGAUGCUGAGAAGUAUGCACCUAAGGAAAGCGCUCCUCAAUUAUCAGAUCACAUCUUCAGUGGAAUAAGGCGAUUGCAUACUUCUGCAAAAACUUUGUACUCGAGUCUGGAGACUUUGGAAACGCAUUUAUACCAAUUGCACUCCCUUAGUCCGGACAGUACGGAUGCUGAACUAGAGCAACGUCUUGUUGCAUUCAACAAAGCAUGUGAGAAUCCCAAUUUUCGUGAUUAUAGUUUGAGGUUUCAAAUGUACAAAACGCUUCAUUUGAUACGUCCGGCCAUCGUCACAUUCGAGAAAUGCGAGGAAGUGUUACUUAGCAAGUACGCUUCUAUUGACUUGGCUCUUGAUGAUUCCCUUGAUUAUGCAUCGGAGAAAGCCAAGGAUGUGUCCGAAUACAUGAAGCUCCUACUCGAUUCUCCAGAUGUCAACGAAGCGAGUUUCGAGAAGCAUCACGCUGACCUCAGAUUUCAAAAGCUCUCUACUUUUAUUCGUACUCUUUACAGCUUUUCAAACGAACGCUUCUCCAUGAUCACCAACCCCGAUUUCAUUCCCCUUCUUUGGAGACUAGCAUACGACGAGAACAAAGAACCCGUGACUCCCAAGAUGGUGGACGGCAUCAUUCACCAUGGAGACGAAAUGAUUAUUAGAGAACCAGGUCCCUCGAUUAGCAUUGCGUCCAAAAGAGCUAGAGACGUUUUAAGCCUCGUGAAUUAUCUCACGGAGAAGAUUGAGGCUGGGCAUGAGCUUACCGCACCUGUCCAAGAACUCAUUCUAUUCACUUAUGGCAAUGCCGGUAAAUGGGAAAUCUUUUGGGAAGAGUGGAAUAAGAUUUGUUUUUCAAGAGUAUCACCAUCGGACGAAGUCGUCCUUCAGUCAUGGCUAAGACUAAUGGUUUUCCUAAGUCUCGUCAAUAAUCGUGCUCAGAUCCUAUUUUUCUUCAAUCGCUACUGGGAUAACGGCUCAGAAGUAGGAGGAACUGUUAUGCAAUCGCUUCGUGCAAACAAGGAGAAAUUUCAGUCUGAUAACGAGAAGGAUGCUUUUAAAAGAGCUGCCAGUUCAAUGUUAGAGAGUUUAGGCAAGAACAAAUUCGAAGGUAUUCAGACAUAUAUAGCAGAGCUCUGA